UCUGAGGGACUCUCUAAAGAUACUAACAAUGGAUCAGAUCUUUACCUUCAUUCUGCUCCUGCUUAGCCUGUCUGCAUGUUUUUCCAAGUACGUUUACAUUGACCAGAAAAUGGAUUGGCGUCAAGCUCAGAAGUACUGUCAGCAGCAUUACACAGACCUGGCUCCUGUCAGUAAUGAGAGGGAUAAUAAUGAACUUCAGCAGCUCGCCAGCAAUGUCAAUGAAAAUAUCUGGAUCGGACUGGUAAGAAAUUCUUCAGACAGAAGAGAAUGGCUGUGGUCAGGAGGUGGAGCACCAACUAUGUGUUUCUGGGCAAUAAAUGAACCUAAUGACUAUUAUUAUCAGGAAGACUAUGGCAUUAUGCGUAACGGCAAGUGGCAUGAUGUAGGCCAAUGGAAUAAAAGACCCUUUUUCUGCUACAGUGCAUCAGUGGUGACUGAGAAAAAGACUUGGGAGGAAGCUCUGGAGUACUGCAGGGAGCACCACGAUGACUUGGCCAGUGUGGGGUCUGAGACUGAGAUGCUGCUGAUCCAGAAAGAGCUGAGCAAACAAAACACCACUGAACACGUCUGGAUUGGAUUGCGUUUCCUGGCUGGUGACUGGCUGUGGGUGGACGGGCAGGAGAUGGACUAUGAGGCCUGGGGUGAAGAGGGAAAGUCAUCAUGUCCACAUGCCAAGAUGAGGUGUGGAGCCUUACAGGUGACAGUUGGACGCAAGGGUGCUUGGAAGGCACACAACUGCGAGGAGAGACUAAAUUUUAUUUGCUACUUUACAUUGUAAAAUUAAUUACCUUCUAUCUACUGUGGUUAGAGUAGGUUGAUUAUUUAUCUAAAUUAUUUGUGCUUUCUUUCUUGAUGUGUCAUUGUAGAUGUGUAGUUUCAUUUCUGUUUUGUCAGAAUGCUAAAAAGUCUGUUUGGUUGUCUUAAACUGUUUCAUCAAUUUUAUUCCACUGAGUAACAAUGUUAAGAGAAAUGAUACUGAUGUUAUUACUUUUAUACUCAAAGUAAAUAAAAAAUAUUUUGAGAUCAUUUCCAGAUGUUUUUCCAUAUUGCUUCCCUCAGAGCAACAGUACUUUCUUAAGAUUUGAGUUUGCACUGUUUGCAGACAUAGUGAAGAAACAUGUGUUUACGAGUUAGA